CUUUAUUCAUUGUCUUGAACAGUCACUUGUUGUAUUUUCAUUCUCAGAGUCCGGACAAUACGUCAACAGUCCUUGAACGCAGCAUCACCGCUCAACGGUUACCCCGGGCGACGCUUAUCGAAACUCUCCUCCACCAAUCACAGGGCGAGGUCCUCCGAACGAGCCAAUCAGCGGGCUCGUUGGUGGCACCGGGACCAACCGUCGCUUCCGCAGACACAAGUCGAGAUUUAUCUCGGGUUCGCGCGAGUUAGCGGGCUAACGACGAGCUGUUCGGUUCAACGCGCGCGCUCUGUUCGGGAUCAGUCGACCUCGAACUGGAUCUCCGGACAGAAUGAAAACCCGGGAUUCACCGUCACCGCCUCCGGUUCACGUCCACGUACCGGGGACCACACCUGUGCACGUGCACGUGAGGAGCAGCAAAACCCAACAGAAGACGACAAAGGAGGCUCAGGUGAAGGGAGAUGGAGGGAGGCCAAAGGUCCGGUCUCCGUGGAUUCCUCCAGGAAGAUCGUCCUGCCGAAGAGACGUGGGCUCACCCACCGGCCAGGGAAGCCGAGCGCAGCAGCGUGGUGGAGAGGAGGAGCAGGACGAAAACAUGGCUGCAGCGUCCAAAAACCUCAGCAUCCUGCUCCGAGAGGAAGAAGGCGUCCGUCGUUUAAAGAGGUUGGAUUCAAGGAGUCAACACAGAGAGACGGACGUUCUCCUCAGGACCCUUGUAGAAGCAGAAAUCGACGGUGUGACAGUAGCCAAUCAGCUCACUGCCCUGAAGGAGACUGUCGAUAGCCUUGUUAAGGACAAGCGGCUGUCGAAGCUGAACGCGGCCUCGGUGCGGCGGCAGCAGGAGUUGCUGUUGGAGAAGAUCGAGAUGUUUGACCACACGAAUCAGAGCCUCCGAGAGCUCCUCAGAGAGUGGAGCCAGUACGAGAGAGAUUCACUGGUGUGGUCCGAACAGAAAGACGCCCUGAAGAAGAGAUUAUCCGACAGUGAAGCUGAGAACAUACGACUUUUGGCCAAACUCAGCAACAAGGAGAAAGAGGUGUCCAAGCUCGCUGAGCAUUUGGACUUUGAAAAGGACAACGUGAAGACCACGGAGGAGCAGUGGAGAAUCCUGGAGUCAAUACGCGACCACCUGGAGUCUCAGCUGAACCGAGCGGAGGCUGAAAAGGCUCAACUGUCUUCUCAGAUUCAGAGGAUGCAGCAGAACCAGGAGGAGAAGCAGGAGGAGCUCCAGGCUCUGCAGGAGGAGCUGCAGACUCAGAGGCAGCGUAGGGACGACGACCAGGAGGAGACGCAGAGGAGGCAAGACCAGAAAGCUCUGGCUCUGCUGACCCAGCAGGCCGAGCGAGUCGAGGAGUCCACCAGAGAGCUGGCAGGAAAACUUCAGGAGAAGGAAACCCAGUUGGCACAAGCUGUGUCAGAAUCCAGCGACUGGUGCCGGCGACACUCUAAAGAGGCGGCUGCUAGAAGGCAGCUGGAGGAGGAAGUGUCUGCUCUCAAACUCCACGUGAACGAGCUGAAUUCUCAGCUUCACUCGUCAGAGGAGAGGAGCCGGGGGGAGAGAGAGAAGCUCCGGGAACAGCUUCAUCACCUCAGUGCUGAAAACACCUCCACCAAGCUGGACAACCAGAGACUCCAGGCUGAGUCGACGUCAUCAGAGGAGAAACUGAGGGGACAUCAGUCUGAAGCUCGUCAGCUGAAGACGUCGAUCAAAAAGUAUGAAAAUCUGGUGGAGAAAUACAAGAAGAAGCUCCAGCAGGCUCGUCUGGAGUCGGAGGAGUACUGCCUGAAGCUGGAGAUGACGCAGAAGGAGAUGCAGGAGGUGAAGAUGAGCCUGGAGAGGGAGAAGGAUCAGGUGAGGAGGGAGCUGCUGGGCCGACUCCGCGAGCUCGAGGCGCUGCCCGACAGACUGAGCAGGACCGAACAGCAGCUCAGAGACGCCCAGCAGGAGGCCGACGCCCACGAGCGGAGGAAGAUGGAGCACAGCUCUGCCCUCUCUGAUGUCAGACACAAGGUGGAGCAGCAAGGCGUUCAGCUGGAGAUGUUUCAGCAGAGGAACCUGCUGCUGCAGGAGGAAAACAAUGUUCUCAAAGAGAAAAUCCACAACUUAGAAAGGAGGCUGGAGGACACGAAGGAGGAAAACAAAGAGAUGUCUCAUGCUCUCACCUCAAAAGAAGCUGGAGUCCGCAGCGUUCAGCAGCAGCUGGAGGAGAAGACUCGUGAGUGCAGCGUUCUGUCCAGACAGCUGCAACAGACUCUGGACGAUGCACAGAGACAGGUUGACGACAGCAUGCACAAAGUUUUGGCCAAAGAGAGAACGUCCCAGUCUAAAUCCCUGGACCUGCAGAGCCAGCUGAGUCGAGCUAAAACCGAGCUGACUCUGCUACAGCGAAGCAAAGAGGAGAUGGAGCGUCGGCUCCAGAGUCAGCUGCAGAACAUGAAGGACAGACUGGAGCAGUCGGACUCGACAAACCGCACUCUGCAGAGCUACGUCCAUUUUCUCAAAACCUCGUACGGAAACGUGUUCGGUGACUCUUUGCUCACAGACUGACUUCAAACUUUACCAACCUGCUCAACGUCUGUCCCAGAACAGAGCAGAUCAAAAUUACAUUUAAUGAGAAUCCACUUUUUAUGUGAGAGUUUUAUACUGUUGAUGAAAUUAAAUAA